CAGAAUUGACGUGUCGCAAUUGAGUCGGUUUCUCCUUGGCGCGCCCCCGCCAUCCAUAUAUAUACCAUUUUACCCCGAACCCUAGAAGGAAUAACUGAACUCCCUUCAUCUAUACAUCUCAGAUUCAAACAAAUUCAGAUUCAUUUUCCCAUUCGAACAAUUCCCACUCAAAUUCAUCAAUCAUUUCGAGUUCAUUCCAAUUCCACUUCUCUCUCUCUCUCUAGGUCGUUGAAAAUGCCGGUGAAUCUGACGCACAACGCGAUCCCGGCGAUAAAGGCGGGAGACCUGAACUCGAAGCCGUUGCUUCAGGUACUGGACAUCAAGCUCAUCGGUAGCCAGGAACGGUACCGUUUCCUUGUUUCCGACGGCGCGUCGACUCAGCACGCGAUGAUCGCGACUCAGCUCAACGACCGAGUCAAGACGGGGCGAGUCCGCAAGGGCUCCGUCAUCCAGCUCAUCGAUUACAUAUGUAGCACCGUUCAGAGUCGCAAGAUUAUUGUAGUUCUAAACAUGGAAACUAUUAUACCAGAUUGUGAAACAAUUGGGAAUCCAACAAUGGUUGUAGAAUCUGAUCCGGGAGCUCAAAACCGAGUGCCUGAUAACAGCUUUGGGCGCCCCCCUGUGGCUAUCAAUAAUAGUUAUAGUACCAAUAAUAAGAACACGAGUGCCCGAAAUGCAGGAAACAAUAUGCAGAGUUUCCCUCCAACUGUUCAACCCCCAUACCAACCUCCUCCAAAUUACAAAAUCCAUGGUGCAAUCAUGAAGAAUGAGGCACCAGCACGCAUAAUACCAAUUUCUGCUUUGAAUCCUUAUCAAGGUCGGUGGGCGAUUAAGGCAAGAGUGACUGCAAAAGGAGACAUCCGCAGGUAUAACAAUGCCCGUGGAGAUGGGAAGGUGUUCUCCUUUGACCUUCUUGAUUCUGAUGGUGGUGAAAUUCGAGCCACCUGUUUCAAUGCUGUUCUUGACCGCUUCUAUGAAAUAAUCGAGGUUGGAAAAGUCUAUUUGAUAUCAAAGGGUAGCUUGAAACCAUCACAGAAGAACUUCAACCAUCUAAAAAACGAAUGGGAGAUAUUUUUGGAAGCAACUUCAACAGUCGAUCUUUGCCUGGAUGAAGAUGGUUCAAUACCAAGCCAACAAUUCUCCUUCCGAUCCAUCAGUGAAGUUGAGAUUGCUGAAAAUAAUUCCAUUAUAGACGUCAUAGGUAUUGUAACAGCUGUAAACCCCUCAGUCUCUAUCAUGCGAAAAAAUGGUAUGGAAACUCAGAGAAGAAUUCUGAAUCUAAAGGACCAAUCAACGCGGAGUGUCGAAUUGACUCUAUGGGGUGAUUUCUGCAAUAGGGAAGGUCAAAAUCUGCAGGAAAUGGUCGACUCUGGAUUUUUCCCAGUUUUAGCCGUCAAAGCUGGGAAAGUUAAUGACUUCAGUGGGAAAUCUAUAGGGACAAUUUCGUCUACCCAGCUCUUCAUCAACCUGGAUUCCUCAGAGGCUCAAAGCUUGAGGAUUUGGUUUGAUCGAGGCGGGAAAAACACCACAUCUCAAUCCAUCUCUAGAGACAUCAUUCCAGGAGGCCCUAAGAAUGAGAUACGUAAAACUGUGUCCCAAAUCAAGGACGAAGGGCUGGGAAGAUCAGAUAAACCAGACUGGAUUACUGUGAAAGCAACCAUAUCUUUCAUCAAAACGGACACAUUUUGCUACACGGCUUGUCCAUUGAUGAUUGGAGAUAGGCAGUGUAAUAAGAAAGUGACCAGGUCAGGAAAUUCAAGGUGGCAAUGCGACCGGUGUAAUCAGGAAAUCGAGGAGUGUGAUUACAGGUACCUUCUUCAAGCUCAAGUACAGGACAACACUGGGUUGACAUGGGUAACAGCUUUUCAGGAAUCUGGUGAAGAGAUUUUGGGUUGUCCGGCUAAGGAUUUGUACUUUUUGAAAUACGAAGAGGAGGAUGAUGUUAAGUUCGCAGAAAUCAUCCGUGGAAGCCUCUUUGCAGAAUAUCUUUUUAGGCUGAAAAUCAAAGAGGAAUUGUAUGGUGAUGAACAGAGGGUGAAGAUUACAGUGGUUAAGGCAGAGAAGGUGAAUUAUUCUGCGGAGAGCAAACACAUGCUUGAUUUGAUUGCUAAGGUUCAUUAUCGCUGAAACUGUCCGAAUCAAAACUCAGUGGUUUAGUAGCUUUAGUUGUUGUAAAGAUGAUUGAUACGAUUCUAGGUACGAGAAACAAACAUUCAAAUUGCAGUGAGUGCUACUAUGAACCAAACUUGGCAAACCAGUAUUUGUGCAUGCCAAGAACAAGGUCUUGUUACAUGUUAAUUCUUGUUUCAAGUUUUCCACUUCAAUUUAGUUAUACCUGAUGUAGUUACGUAAUAUCAACGUAUUGAGCUGAAAUUCUGUCUCUACAGCAGAAA